GCCGUGCCAAGGUGCUUGCUUUUCUUGAGUUACUUUAUCUUUUGAUUCAGGCAUGGAGCUCGCAGAGCACAGUUGGGGCAAGUGCUUUAGCUAAGCUUUCGUUAAACUUGCCAAUUAUGCCGGCGGUUACCGUUUCAACACAGCACGCCUGUCGGCUUGACGGGACGAUUUCACGGCAAUGGGCAUUCGAUGUGUCUGAAUACCCGGCUGAACGUUGGUUCUGCAGGUCAGCAAUCUACGACUCCUUCCUCGAGCAGAGACUUCACUUAUUAGCUCAACAGUCUACACAAAAUAGUCAGCAAGGUUUCUUCGCAACGUUGAAUGGCGCCUCUUGGCCGCGGUUGUCCUGUCUGGCAUAUAUUGCGAGCUACGUACCGUGUGGCUCGAUCUCCGUUGACACCCUCAUCGACUGUUUGAUUCUUCCCAAAACGAUCUGCCCUCCCCUGCCGUCGAGGUGCUUUCCCGCCCCGCCCUGUCGGCCGAUGGGCGCACUGGAAACCUUGCUGCCAAUCGCCGGCAACGGCAUUGACCACAGUCAUUCCACGCAUGCUGGGCUAGGCCGUUCCGGGUAGGUGGUUACCGGAGAACACCUUGUGGGACAGUGGGACAGCUGCUGGGGUCCAACCACGAAGCUCUGUGAUUUUUUAGACGAGAGAAGAAUUGCCCUCUAAUUCGCUCUUGCCUCUCUCUCCCUCUCGUGUCACUCUCUCUUUCCAGCUGGA